GGGGCAAGUGUCAGUCAGGGCAGAGCGCGGCGCGGUCAGCAGAGCCCCGCAGCACACAGGCGUCCGGGCCGGAACGAGGCCCGCCGAGAUGGAGUUCCUGCUGGGGAAUCCAUUCAGCACCCCUGUAGGGCAGUGUCUCGAGAAGGCAACAGAUGGCUCCCUGCAGAGUGAGGACUGGACGCUGAACAUGGAGAUCUGUGAUAUCAUCAACGAGACAGAGGAGGGGCCAAAGGAUGCCAUUCGGGCUCUGAAGAAGCGGCUCAGCGGGAACCGGAACUACAGAGAAGUGAUGUUGGCCCUGACAGUGCUGGAGACGUGUGUGAAGAACUGUGGCCACCGCUUUCACCUCCUCGUGGCCAACCGAGACUUCAUUGACAACGUUCUGGUCAAAAUUAUCUCUCCCAAGAAUAACCCUCCCACCAUCGUACAGGACAAAGUGCUUGCUCUGAUUCAGGCCUGGGCAGAUGCCUUUAGGAGCAGUCCUGACCUCACUGGCGUUGUGCACAUAUAUGAAGAACUGAAGAGGAAGGGAGUUGAAUUUCCCAUGGCAGACUUGGACGCUCUGUCUCCUAUCCACACACCCCAGCGGAGUGUUCCAGAAAUGGAUCCAGCCGCCACCAUGCCUAAGUCCCAGUCGCAGCCCAGGACAAGUGCCGGCACCUAUCCCUCAUCUUCUCCAGCAUCCUACUCUACUCUGCAGGCCCCAGCUCUGAGUGUGACUGGCCCCAUCACAGCCAACUCAGAACAGAUUGCUAGGCUUCGCAGUGAGCUGGACAUUGUUCGGGGAAACACCAAAGUCAUGUCUGAGAUGUUAACAGAAAUGGUCCCUGGGCAGGAGGAGUCUUCUGACCUGGAACUACUGCAGGAGCUGAACAGGACCUGCCGGGCCAUGCAGCACCGUAUAGUGGAGCUCAUCUCCCGAGUGUCCAACGAGGAGGUCACGGAGGAGCUGCUCCACGUCAAUGAUGACCUCAACAACGUCUUCCUCCGCUAUGAGAGGUUCGAGAGGUACAGGUCCGGCCGAUCUGUUCAGAAUGCCAGCAAUGGAGUACUGAGCGAAGUGACUGAAGACAACUUAAUAGACCUGGGCCCAGGCUCUCCCGCUGUUGUGAGCCCCAUGGUCGGGAGCACAGCACCCCCAUCUUCUCUCUCUUCCCAACUUGCAGGCUUGGACUUGGGGACAGAGAGUGUCAGUGGCACCCUCAGUUCGCUUCAGCAGUGUAAGCCUCAUGACGGUUUUGACAUGUUUGCCCAGACCAGAGGGAACUCCUUGGCUGAACAGAGAAAGACGGUCACCUACGAGGAUCCUCAGGCUGUUGGAGGACUCGCUUCUGCACUAGACAGUCGGAAGCAGAGCUCAGAAAUGAGAGGGAAAGGUGGGGACUCUGACCUGCAGCCCAUAGACAGCUGGCUCAUAACCCAAGGAAUGAUCCCCGUUGCGCAGCCCUCUGUCAUGGACGACAUUGAGGUGUGGCUCAGGACAGACCUGAAGGGUGACGACCUGGAAGAGGGUGUCACAAGUGAAGAGUUUGAUAAGUUCCUGGAAGAAAGAGCCAAAGCUGCGGAAACAGUUCCAGAUCUGCCCUCGCCCCCAAAAGAGGCCCCUGCACCAGCCUCAACCACUUCCAACCGGAAGAAGCCAGAGCGGUCUGAGGAUGCACUCUUUGCCCUGUGAACUGUUCUGUGGUUUGCCUCCCCGUGGCAGGUCACUGCUGACUCUCCCAGUGGACACUGGGCACUGGCCACUCCCCCAGCCUGCAUACCUGUAUCUCUAUGGAAAUGCCACUGUGUUUACUCCCAGGCCACCCUAGUCAAUACCCGCUUUGCCACCUUUUUUCUGGGUGGCAACAGCAGCACUGGCCAGAGGUCCUGUCCUCCCUCACCCCGAGGGCUCUCUAGGCCUUCGGUCUUCCCAGGAAGAACCAGAGGCCCAGCCCCAGGCAGGGUAGCCCCUUGACACUUUCUGGGCAGAGCUCCUGAACUGACCCUCUCAUCUCCUGCUUCUGCCUAGUUGGGUGACUUCCUUCAGGUGAGACGCUCUGCUCCCCUGGACCCCCUUCUUCCAUCGACAACUCUGGGAAAGGAGGGCUAAAGCAUCUGUAACUACAGGCUUACUUUCCCUCCUUGGACUGUGUGGCACUUAGUGUGUCUGUACUUGAGUGUUCUCUGUGGGCUACUACCUUGAAGGUCCCUCAUGUCCCUGGCCCUUUCUCCACUAGGUAGCUGCCAGGCCUGGCACCAAGACAGGGACCUAUGGCUCUCGGUGUAAGAACAGCCAAGGGCAGCUGUGAGGGUGGCAUGUGCCCUGCGGAUGGUAGGCAGCUUACUCCAUGCACACUGUGCACACUCACACUCACACCUGGCCUUGGUGUCUGCAGAGGGUUGUUUGCUAACACAACAUGACUUUAAUGCAUCCAAUGACUAGACUUUGCCUUCAGCAGCCUCCAGGAACUACCUCCAGGACCAG